AAACCACCUCACCAGAAAUCAAUCGAAUCCUUGGCUUACUCUCCCUUCUCUUCCUCCACCAUCUCCCCCUCGUCAGCACAUUCCGGUCUGUUUCCGGUGUCGGUAUUAACUACGGAACUCUUGGAAACAACCUUCCUUCACCCAAGAAAGUAGCUCAGCUCCUCCAAUCCAUCCUACUCGAUAAGGUCAAAAUCUACGACACCAAUCCGGAAAUCCUCGAAGCCUUCUCCAACACGCCGUUGAUCUCAUAGUGGCCGUAGAAAUCCAACAUGUUGCCAACAUCAGCACCGACGUUUCCGCCGCCGACGAAUGGCUUGCCACCCGUGUCGUCCCCUUCGUUCCCGCCGCCUCCAUUGCAGCUAUCUGUGUCGGAAACGAGUACUUGGCAACGAAUUCCGGUGACGGCCAUUUGGACCCCGACGCACUGGUCCAUGGCAAUGCAGAACCUCCAUUCAGUGCUUGUAACUCGUGGGCUCGGCCGAGAAAUUAAGGUCACCACGCCGCACAGCAUGGUGGUUCUCGCCUCCUACUCUCCACCGUCAGCUUCCACCUUUGCCCCAAAUUUCGUCGAACCCAUGAGCUCCGUUAUUGGGGAAAACCGCAGUGCCGUCGAUUUAGAAUAUGCUUUGCUCGGAAAUGCUACCGGCGUCCAUGACCCAAAAGGGUACAUCUACAACAACAUGCUGGAUGCUCAAAUUGACGCAAUUAGAUUGGCAAUAAACGCUCUGGGGUUCGGUAAUCAGACGAUCGAGAUCACAGUUUCCGAGUCUGGGUGGCCGUCAAAAGGGGCGCCUGGUGACGCUGCCGCCACGCCGGACAAUGCAAAGAAAUAUAAAACUCGGUUGAUCGAACGAGUACAGUCCAACAAAGGGACAAACUAAGUUUUCUAAGGUCUAUCCUUUUUCUUCAAGAAUCCCCAGAGGCACCAAGAUUCCAUCUAAGUGUAGAAAAAACAGAGUUGAACAAAAGCUUUAAGGUGAAUAUUCUUUGGGGAAUUCAAUCUAACACCUGCUGGGCAUAAACAGAUAUUGCAAGU